CCUGCGCGCUGCCCUCUGCUCCUCGGAAGCUCGUUUUCGUCUCUGAGACUGCAAUUCCGUCAGCCAAGUUACUUACAGCCAUGGACGACAACUCGUCCACCGCCGAGCAGCCCAGAGAGACCACUCCCAGCAGUGUGGCCACUCGAAAACGCCCUGGCCCGGACGGCUUCCGCAGAGGGAAGCGUGGCAAGUACACCUCCGUCGCAUGCGAUGAAUGCAAGAAGCGGAAGCUGAAGUGCAUCCCCGUCGACGAUUCAAGCUGCCAGCGUUGCAUCGACGGGGGGUUGAUCUGUGUCUAUGCCCACGGUUCGUCGCACGCCAAGGAGAAGAACGAAAGUCAGCAACUUCAAGUCUUGAGUGAUGAAGUCAUCCAGCUUCGCCAACAGGUAUCUGACCUGGCUGGAGCCAUGACCUUUGUAAGGGAAUUGAAGGACCGCCCACGCAGCACUCGCCUUGAUCCCUCGCCCGCCCAGGAUGCCAGCACUAUUGUGCCGUCGCCGGCCAGUUCUUCUCAAAGAGAAGGUAUCCCGAAGGAGCCUCAGUUUGUUGGGCCGACAAGGUCCGCCUUUGGCUUCAUGAUCGGUGAGCGGUCGUUGACCCGUAUGGGCAUCCCGACUUAUGAGACUCUACCUGCCAGUGGCGCCCAGUCGCCGGCGAAUCUACCUCGAGAGUUAGACGCGGACCCUCGUGACUAUUGGCAUCAUUGCACCGCCCAGGAGAUCGUCAGGCUCCUUACUGUCUUCCAGGAGGAAGUCGAGUCUGUUUACCCGUUUAUCAACAUUGGGGACCAAGCCUCCCGAGCAGAUGACAUCCUGCGGGCCAUACGAAGCACCGAACCAGGAGGUCAGAGAAUAUACGACAUUUCAGACCUGGAAGUGUCCUCAAAAGAUAUCGAUAUUGUCAAGGUUGCCAUGGCCACUGCCAUUGUCCUUGAGACUCAUGGCAAGAAGGAGACGAGCACCAUGAUAGUGCAGUCUGUUGAAAACAACGUUUCUAUGAUAUCGCGCCCCGAGGUUGAUAUAAAAGAAGUCCAACUCAUUACAAUGCUGAGUAUUUAUUACUUUCACUGCGACGAAGAACUUCUCGCCUGGCGCACCAUCGGCGUUGCCGCACGAGAAGCUCUUGAGAUGGGUCUCCAUCGGAAGAAAAGUCUAUUCGAUAAUUUCAAGGAUCUUGAAUCACGUCGCCUUGCUACGAGGGUCUUUUGGUGUGUUUACGUACUCGAUCGCCGUUGGAGCUUUGGCACCAGUCUCUCUUUCGCACUAGUAGAUCGCGAUAUUGACCCUGAACUACCAGAACCAGAUGAGCAGUUUGCCUAUCUCAAAUGCAUGGUUGGCUACGGCCGCGUCUGUUCCAAACUCUGGGACGCCAUUCCGCCUUUUGGGUCACAUUCGCAGUUAAUCCCUGAAGAUACCGUCAUCUCUCUGGAUCUAAGUACUCAAGCCUGGUUGCAGUCAAUCCCUCCGGACCUCCAGUUACGCCAUCCUCGCCUUGGACUCGCACCACGCUCUCAACCACGUAUCAUGCACCGGCUACGCGCUCUCCUAUACCUACGUGGAAACCAUACUAGAAUUUUCAUUUACCGACAUCACCUUCUCAGCGCUGCCAGUAUUGCCGCAAACCUGCGCAGUGCUUGGUUGGUCGUCGACAUUGCCCAGGAUAGCAUACAGGUUUUGGUGCACCUCAACUCAACCACCGACAUUUACUCUCGCCAACAAAACGUAUUCAAUUACUUCCUCCUCAGUGCCUUGGCCAUCAUCUUUUUAGCCGUGUGUCACGCGCCAGAUGUCUUCACUGGGCCUUGCAGGAAAAGCUUCCUCGACGCUGUGGAGCUCGUCCGGGGCUUCUCGCGAAAUAGCAUUGUCAGCCGAAGAUUAUGGAAUAGCAUUCGUGGUCUGCUUCCGCGGUUAAAGAAUCUCGGUCUCCAGGGUUCUGAAGAGAGAGAUCAGGCCGACAUGCCGGUAGAGGGCGACAGCCCAGCCGUCACAAUCAACUCGCCUCGAAUGGGAGGUUUGGGUAGCAGAGAGCUGCGUGAACACACACAUCAUUUAGACGGGCACGAUGACCUUGACGUGAGUGACAUUCACACAGAUAGCGGCAUCGUUCCCGACUUGGACCUCAGUGGCUCGAUUCCGGACAUGUAUCAAAUGAGGAAUGAUCUCCUGUCUUUGUUUGAUGCAUUUGGGAACGGACAGAUUCUCCCAGAAGGAUUUGGCGCUCAGUUUUACGGACCAGAUGACGGAGACUCGAUGAACGGGAUGGGGGGAGAAAUUUCAAGACGAUUCCAGGGACUCAUUUAGAUAGAUUAGCCAUCAACUUGUAUCAUUAUUAUAGAUACCCAGGACUUGAUUGAAUUCUAUUGCAG